AAUUCAUAAUUUGCAUCCUCAGGUUCCAACUAGGGUUUGAGUUUUUCCUUUUCUCUCUCAACCUGUAGAAAUCAAGAUUACACAUAACAAAACCCAGCAUUUUUUUUCGUUUUAAUUUUGGCUUCAGAUUUUUUAUUAUCGAAAUUGUGAAAUGGAGGGAGCAGGCAGUGGGAGCGGAGAAGUGUCGACGGCGGGGCCGACACCGAUUCCGAACGCUAACGCGCCGCCGCCUUUCCUGAGCAAGACGUAUGACAUGGUGGACGACCCUUCGACGGACUCAAUUGUGUCGUGGAGUCCAACGAACAACAGCUUCAUUGUUUGGAACCCUCCGGAGUUCGCCAGAGACCUUUUGCCCAAACACUUCAAGCACAAUAACUUCUUCCAGCUUCGUUCGCCAGGUUUUAGAAAGGUAGACCCGGAUCGCUGGGAGUUUGCAAAUGAGGGAUUUUUAAGGGGUCAAAAGCACUUGCUUAAGACCAUAUCUCGGCGGAAACCUGCCCAUGAUCAUAAUCAUCAACAAGCACAACAAGUACACGGACAGAAUUCAUCGGUUGGGGCUUGUGUAGAAGUUGGGAAGUUUGGACUUGAGGAAGAGGUUGAAAUUCUCAAGAGAGAUAAGAAUGUGCUCAUGCAAGAGCUUGUGAGAUUGAGGCAGCAGCAGCAAUCUACUGAUAACCAGCUGCAGACUAUGGUUCAGCGCCUUCAGGGAAUGGAGCAACGACAGCAACAAAUGAUGUCAUUCCUUGCAAAGGCUGUUCAGAGCCCUGGUUUCUUAGCUCAAUUUGUACAACAGCAAAAUGAUAGUAAUAGACGCAUAACAGAGGCAAAUAAAAAACGUCGACUGAAGCAGGAAGGUAUUGGUGAAAUGGAACAUACAGCUGCUUCUGAUGGGCAAAUUGUUAAAUAUCAACCUCUGAUAAAUGAAGCAGCAAAAGCAAUGGUAAGGCAAAUAAUGAAAUUGGAUGCUUCUCGACAAGAAUCUUUCAGUAAUAACCCCGAUAAUUAUUUGAUUGGUGAUCAUUCAUCACCAUCCAGUGAAAUGGACAGGGGAAACUCUUUGAGUCGAUCUUCUGGAGUAACACUUCAAGAGGUCCCUCCAACUAAGGUGCAGUCUUCUUAUGUUCCAUCUGCAGCAAGGACUCAAGGGCACGGUCCUUCAACAGGAAAAUCUGAAAUUCUAUCUUCUUCCCAAGUUGCAGCCUGUGAAGAAGUUACAUAUCCUAAUCUAAAUGUUUCAGUUGGGGAACCUAAUGCACCUGCUAUCCCUGUUACUCAAACAGAUGAAAUAAUGCCGGACCUUGCUACAAUACCAGAUAUAGUAGCAGAAAACAUUCUCAAUAUUCCUCAAGAAAAUUAUAUGGCACCAGAAACUGGUGGUGACGGAUACAUGGAUCCUACUUCAUUUGGGGUGAAUAUGUCACUACCCCUUGAUUUUGAUAGUAUUUCAACUGAACCAGACAUCGAUGAUUUGUUGAACAAUCCUCACUUUUGGGAUGAUAUUGUGCGAACUCCGGUGUCAGAGGAUAUUGAAACGAAUGGUACUGAAGUAUUCUAUGAGAAUGAGUUGCAGCCAACUGAAAAUGGAUGGGAAAAAUCUCAACAUAUGGACCUACUUACUGAACAGAUGGGCUUACUUUCUUCUGAUGCAAAAAAAAAUUGAAUGUCUUAUGAAAAUGUACAUUAAUAAUUCAUAUUGUUCAAGGUAACCUUGUCCCCAACAAUGAGUGAUGUUCUUUUAGUACUAAUUA